AUGUCUGCGAAUCAUCCAGCUGAUGGUGCUGAAGCACCAGAUGAUGGUUCUAAAAAACCAAGAACUAAAUUAGCUAAGACCUUGAAUAGUAUUGUCGUUGGCAUGUUUAAUGCUGCUACUUUAUAUUUCUCUGGUGGUGGUAGUGAUGGUAAAAAGAAUCCAGAAUUAGGUACAAAAUAUAUGAGAUUAGCCGCUUAUAGCAAACAUACGCAAGCUAUAGACUAUUGCAAGAAAAAUAAUAUUCCUUUGUAG